AAAGAGCUUCUGCGGGUGGCUUGCUAAGAGCUUUCUGUGAACCCCCACCUGUGCGACUGCCAGCGAGCGCUCCAGUUGCCCAAAUAGGAGGGUAUGACUGGCUGGGCUGAAAGCGGCUGAUGCAUACAAACGCUGCUUGAGAAACAGAGGAUCUCUCUGCUACACUGAUAUUGAGGAUUGUGGACUGUGAUAAGAGUAUCAGCCAUCUUCGGGACCUUGUCUAGAAACAUCGUGAAUGUGUGAAAAACAGAGCCAGCCCCAGCAGCGGAUCCGCCAGUCCGGUUCUGUCCUCUCAGGGGAUGGCCAGGGUCCAGGAUGGACACACAGAGGAAUAUGACAGCUCUGUGAUGUUAGAGGAAGGUCAGGAUGGUAUGGACAGUGGUAACCUGACUCCUGGUCCAGCUCGACAGGUCUGCAUCCAACGCCAUCCAAGCCACGGCUUCGGAUUCAUUGCCGGCAGUGAACGGCCUGUUGUUGUACGCUCUGUCUUUGCAGACGGACCAUCUGGCGGCAAGCUCUUCCCUGGAGACCAGAUCCUCGCCAUCAACCAAGAGCUUGUGAACGACGCGUCCCGGGAGAAAGUCAUAGACCUUGUAAGACGCUGCAAGGACUCCAUUGUUCUUACUGUGCUGCAACCGCAACAGUCACCUAAGUCCGCCUUCAUAAGUGCAGCCAAGAAAGCUCAACUGCGAACCAAUCCCCCCAAAGUGCGCUUUUCUGAGCAAGUGUCCAUCAGCGACCCAGACUCAGUAUGUGCUGUUGCCUUUCGCUCACAUCACACCCCAGUCAUCUCUGUGAUAUAA